AUUACAGAAUCAGGAAGAAACGCUUCCAGAGGAAAUCCUAACCAUCCAAAUUACCAUCCCAACUGAUGAGACAGAAAAGGAAGAAGAAGAAGAAAGAAAGAAAAUCUGUUAUCUUCGUCCUUCACCUACCAAACAACUGUGAACCAGCAAUUGCAGAGAACAUCUAUUUGCCAUGGCUUCAUCUACUUUGCCCAUCACCUGUUUUCAACCCAGAAACAAUCGCACCCUCACAAUAACUCACAAUUUGCAAGCUCUCCAAUUUCGUGUACCAAAAACCCAGCGAGUCGUUCGCCGACUAUCGGUCGUCGGUGAAGUCUCCACCGUCGGCCCCCCGCCGCCCCCAGCUUUUGGGUUCGGGGGAGAAUCGAAGGCCGAGCAGACUGCGUCGCUCAAACUCAAAUUACUGAGUGUUGUUUCUGGGCUAAAUAGAGGUCUUGCUGCAAGUGGAGAUGAUCUACAAAAGGCAGAUGCAGCUGCUAAGGAGCUUGAAGCUAUUGGAGGACCUGUAGAUCUCUCAGUUGAUCUUGAUAAACUUCAGGGAAGAUGGAAAUUGAUAUAUAGUAGCGCAUUCUCAUCUAAAACUCUAGGUGGGAGCCGACCUGGGCCCCCGACUGGAAGGCUACUCCCCAUAACCCUCGGCCAGGUAUUUCAAAGGAUUGACAUUUUAAGCAAAGAUUUCGAUAACAUAGUGGAGCUUGAAUUAGGUGUUCCAUGGCCUUUUCCUCCCGUGGAGGUGACCGCCACGUUAGCCCACAAAUUUGAGCUCAUAGGGUCUUCCAAGGUCAAAAUAGUAUUCGAGAAGACAACUGUGAAGACACUCGGAAACUUAUCACAACUACCUCCACUGGAGAUACCUCGGCUUCCAGACGCACUGCGGCCGCCAUCAAAUACAAGAAGCGGCGAUUUUGAAGUCACUUAUAUGGACUCUGAUACCCGCAUCACUAGGGGCGAUAGGGGCGAGCUUAGAGUUUUUGUGAUCUGGUAAGCAUUGGACACAGCCAUAACUCAGCCGCCUUCUUGUCUUGUCCUUUCUUCUUCAUUUUUGUUACUCUGUGUAGUCUUGUACAGAGUGGCCUGCUGCAUUAGAGAAGAAGGGGAAGGGAGAGCUGUUGUAUAAACUGCUGGUUGAGUUUUCUGGGAAAGUGUAUAUUCUUUCGUUUGCAGAUUGGAGUAAGGAAUUUCAAAUGAUGUGAAGUCUGAUGUUUGAAGACAAAUAAAGAUUACUCGACCAUUUUUCAAUCAUUACAUACAGGCUAUGGUUGGAA